AUGGCGAAGAAAGGACGAAGCAAGGGUGAGAAGCCUGAGGCUCACAUCGCCGCCCUGCAGGCAGCCAACGAGGAGCUCAGGUCCAAACUGACCGACAUUCAAAUAGAACUGCACCAAGAGAAAUGCAAGGUGAGUAAGCUGGAGCGGGAGAAGGUGCAGGAGGCAAAGCGAAUCCGCGAGCAGGAGCAGCACCGGCACACGGCUGCGCUCACGGAGCAGCGUGCCAAGUGGCACGAGGAGAAACUGAAGGAGCUAGCAUCUCUGCGCGAGUCGCUAACGCGCCAGCAUGAGCAGGAGCUGGCGCGUACCGUUAAGAUCAAGGAGGGUGAGAUCCAGCGGCUGCGGGCCGCUAUCAGUGCCAUGCGCGACGGCAGCGGCGAGAAGGUGCGCACGGCCCUGACGCUGGAGGCGCGAGAGGAGGCGCGGCGUUUCUUUGACCAGGAACGCGUUAAACUGCUGCAGGAGAUCGCGGAGCUCAAGGCGUCCAAGAAGCAGACGGACGAAGCACUCAACACCGCGAUCCAAGCGGACAAAAUAAAAGCGGGCGAUCUGCGGACUGAACACCAGGCUCACCAGGAGCAGAUAAGCAAGAUCAAAUGGGACUGUGAGAGGGAUAUUCGCAGACUGGUGGACGAGAUUAAAGCGAAAGACCGGACUAUCUUUGCUCUGGAGAAAGAGCUGGAGACUGCCACAGGCUUCGUGCAGAAGCUGCAGCUGCAGAAAGAUGCCCUAGACGAGCAGCUGUUCCUCGUAAAAGAGGCGGAAUGUAACCUCGGAAGCCCUAAGAGGGAGAUUCCCGGCCGGGCAGGUGAUGGAGCGGAGCAUUGCGGAAGCCCGGACAUGAGAAGGAACCAGAGACGUAUUGCUGAACUGAAUUCAACUAUCCGUAAAUUGGAGGAUCGUAACACGCUAUUGGUUGAUGAGAGAAACGAACUGCUGAAGCGUGUGCGUGAGGCGGAAAAGCAAUGCAAACCUCUGCUUGACAAGAACAAACUCCUGAGCAAGAGGAACGAUGAGCUCACUCAGUCCCUGCAGCGAAUGGAGGACAAACUCAAAAGCCUAACCAAGGAGAACCUUGAGAUGAAAGAGAAGAUCAGUUCUCAUCCUCCGCUGAAGAAGCUGAAGUCUCUGAAUGACCUGGAUCAGGCCCACGACGACCAAGAGAUUGAGUUCCUGAAGCUGCAGGUUCUGGAGCAGCAGAGCAUGAUCGACGAGCUGACAAGGGAUAGAGAAAAGCUUCUUCGAAAGAAGAGGCAUAAACGAAGUUCCAGGCCCAUAAAGAGGCACAUUGUAGUGGAUACGUUCUUUGGCUAUGAUGAGGAGUCCAUGGACUCAGAGACCUCCUCCGUGGCCUCCCUGCGGAUGGACCGCACUCCAGCCACGCCGGACGAGGACCUGGACGAGAGUCUAGCAGCGGAGGAAUCAGAACUGCGCUUUCGGCAGCUGACGCGGGAGUACCAGGCUUUACAGAGAGCUUACGCCCUGCUGCAGGAGCAGAAAGGAGGAGUGUUUGACGCAGAGAUGGAGGCAAAGGCUCACGAGCAGCUCCAGGCUGAUGUCCAGCGGUACAAAGCCAAAAUAGAGGACCUGGAGAAAGAGCUCACGCACAAAGGACAAGACUCCAUAUGGGUGGAAGAGAAGCAGCUUUUCCUCAGGCGGAACCAAGAACUGCUGGAGAAGUUGGAUAAGAUGGACACAGAGAACGGAAGACUCCAGCAGGAGCUACAGGACUCCAAAGACCAGAAUGAACUGCUGGAGUUUCGUAUUCUGGAGCUGGAGGAGCGAGAGAGGAGGUCUCCUCCAUUCAACCUUCAGGUACAUCCCUUCUCAGAAGGAGUCAGCGCUCUCCAGAUCUACUGUAUGAAAGAGGGAGUCAAGGACGUCUGUAUACCUGACUUGAUCAAACUGCUAGAUAUUCUUGGAGAUAAUGGGAACCUCCGAAAUGAAGAGCAAGUGGCCAUUAUUCAAGCCAGCACCGUCCUGUCCCUGGCUGAGAAGUGGAUACAACAGAUAGAAGGCACAGAGGCGGCUCUCCAUCAGAAGAUGAUGGACUUGGAGCUGGAGAUGGAGAUGUUUUGUAAGCAGAAGGGUUACCUGGAAGAGGAGCUGGAUUAUAGGAAACAGGCUCUAGACCAGGCCUAUAUGCAAAUCCAGGAGCUGGAGGCCACGCUGUAUAACGCCCUGCAGCAGGAUAAGGUGAUAAAGUAUGGCGAACCUCUGAGUGAUUUACAGAAGGACGAGCUGCGCACGGCUGUGGAGAAACUGCGCAGACAGAUGCUCAGGAAGAGCCGAGAGUACGACUGCCAAGUCUUACAGGAGAGGAUGGAGCUGCUCCACCAGGCUCAUCAGAGAAUCCGCGACCUGGAGGAUAAGACAGACAUCCAGAGACGACAGAUUAAAGAUCUUGAGGAAAAGUUUUUAUUUCUCUUCCUGUUCUUUUCCCUUGCCUUUAUCCUUUGGCCUUGA